AUGCCAGCAAUGUCAGAACAGAACCACACACGUUUUCACGUGUCACACUUUGUCUUCAGUGCUUUUCCUGGAUUUCAGGACUGGACAUCAAGGACUAUCAUCUUUACAGUUUUCUUUACAGGAUUUACUGCUACAUUAUUUGGAAACCUAAUUGUUUUAAUAGUUAUGAUGUUAGACAACGGACUACAUGUUCCUAUGUAUUAUUUCAUUGGUAACCUUGCUGUAUUAGACUUAUUCAUCCCAACAGUAACAAUUCCACAGAUGCUGUACUAUUUAAUCAGUGAUGACAAUGUGAUUGGUUUUGGUACCUGUGUCACACAAAUGACUUCCAUUAUGAUUUUUAGAAUUACAGAGGGCUGUUUAUUGGGUAUUAUGGCAUAUGACCGUUAUCAAGCUGUUUGCUGGCCUCUUCACUAUUCUACAAUGAUGACUAACAAGCAUGCUAUUGCACUGUCUGCUUGCUGCUGGAUAACAGGACUCAUGACAUCAUUGCUUCUGGCAUCAUGGGUAUUUUGUACACCAUUUUGUGGACCCAAUAAAAUUGAUCACUACUGCUGUGAACUUAUUGCAAUCACUGCUUUAGCUUGUGGUGAUGUUUCUGUCCAAGAUGCAAUUAAUUUUUUAGGUGCUAUGAUAUUAAUAAUAGUGAUGCUGUUUUCUAUUGGGUUUUCAUAUGGAAAAAUUGUUGUUUCAGUUCUUAAAGUUGCUUCUUCCAAAGAACGCUGGAAAGCAUUUUCUACUUGCACCAGCCACCUGUUUGUCAUUGCUGUUUUCUAUCUAGUAGCAGCUGUUGUGUUCCUCUCCUACAAAGUACCUGGGUUCUCUGUUGAUGCACGAGUAUUGGCUGCUGUGUUGCAGAACAUUCUUCCCUCACUGGUUAACCCCUUAAUUUAUUUUUUGAAAACCAAAGAUAUCAGGGUCAGUUUCUUCAAAAUUCUUAAAAAAUAUCACACCCGUAAUGGUUGA